CAACUGAGACAUUCUCUCUUGUGAAUGAUCCUUGUAAUCCAUAUUUAUGUCUUUAUACAAUUGAAUUUCUUGGUAAUAUCCAAGGUGAUUUACCAAUUCACUAUGUAAAUAUUCUGGUUGAAACAAUGAAAUACUUGAUUAUUCAAACAUUACAAUCUGGAAAGCCGAUUUGGUUUGGCGAUGAUGAAAAGGCUAGCGAUUCUUCAUUAGAAAUCCUGGAUAUAUAA